CGGAUCCAACCAAUGUAACCGACGCGUGCGCGUUCUAUAUGGUCUAUUUCUAUCAUCGUCAUCCUCUAAGCCAGACUUUGGCUGCAGUUGGACUGGUUAGGCUGGCGACUCACUGUUGUCGAACCGGCUGAUUGAUUAUGGCAGCUUAGUUUGGAUGUGUGCUAACUCCUAGCAAGACAGUUGAUAUAAUUACCACAGUUCUGUUAAAUUCGAACGAGUUCAUCGAUACUUCUUUUUUGUUAACCCCCACACUUGUUUGCUUCAUCACAGAGCUAAGUUUGGCUAACGUUACUUACAUGCUAGCUUUCAUAAGCUAAGUGUGACGGCUUCUUCUGUCUAUCGUUAAGGUUGUCGGCAUGCUGCAGUGAGGGAUGUACAGAGCGCUCGUGGUCACCACAGUCUUUUUGGGGGUCCAAGGCAGCUCUGGUGUAGAGAGCCCCCCCACGCCGUCGCCCAAUGAGACCUCCAGGGACUACUGUUACUCUGCACGCAUUCGCAGCACUGUUCUCCAGGGGCUGCCCUUUGGGGGAGUGCCCACUGUCCUCGCCCUGGACUUCAUGUGCUUUUUGGGGCUUCUGUUUUUGUUCUCCAUCUUGAGAAAGCUUGCAUGGGAUUACGGGCGGCUCGCCUUGAUUGCAAAAGAUGACAGUGAAAGCAUGAGCGUCUACUGUGUGUGCGCAGCGCAUGAGCCACACAGACAAGAUGCUUACAGAGAGAGCAUGUCUGCUGUGACAUCAGAAACGUCCGAUCGCUACGAGCGGCUCGCCUCAGUUUCAAGUUCACUUGACUUUGACCAAACCGAUCAUGGUUUCUGUUCGUGGUUAACUGCCGUUUUCCGCAUCAAGGAAGAUGAACUCAGGGAAAAGUGUGGCGAAGACGCCAUACAUUACCUGUCCUUUCAGAGGCACAUCAUCGGCCUGCUGGUCGUGGUCGGCGUGCUCUCUGUGGGCAUCAUCCUGCCUGUGAAUUUCUCUGGGAACCUACUAGAAAAUAAUGCCUAUAGUUUUGGGCGAACUACUAUAGCAAACUUAGAUGUCGGUAAUAAACUGUUGUGGCUUCACACCACCUUUGCGUUUCUUUACCUUUUACUGACGGUGUUCAGUAUGAGGCGGCACACGUCCAAAAUGCACUACAAGGAGAAUGAUCUGGUGAAGCGCACUUUAUUUAUCAACGGUAUUUCCAAACAGGGAGAGGAGAGGGAAAUAAAGCAACACUUUGAGAGCGCAUAUAGCAACUGCACUGUCCUGGAGACACGGAUCUGUUAUGAUGUGGCGAAGCUCAUGCAGCUCAACUCUGAAAGAAAGAAAGCAGAGCGCAGCAAAAAGUACUUCAUUGACCUGGAUAAAAAUGCCUCCGAGCCGUCCAAGGUCAACCCGAAGCCGUGUGGACACCUUUGUUGCUGUGCCAUCAAAGGCUGCGAACAGGAAAAUGCUGUGAGCUAUUAUACCAAUCUGGAGGCAGAAAUAAGGCAACAAUACAGGACAGAGAGAGAGAAGGUCAACAAGAAACCUCUGGGAAUGGCCUUUGUUACUUUCCAGAACGAGACCAUAACUGCCACAAUUUUAAAGGACUUCAAUGCCUGCAAGUGUCAGGGCUGCCACUGCCGCCGGGAGCCCAGACGCUCCAACCACAGCAAAACUCUCCAAACGCACAACUGGACCGUCAUGUACGCCCCCCACCCUCAAAAUGUUUACUGGGAGCAUCUGUCGGUGGGAGGAGCCAAGUGGUGGCUUCGCUGCCUUUUGAUCAACUGUAUCCUCUUCCUCCUCCUCUUCUUCCUCACCACUCCAGCCAUUAUAAUCUCCACCAUGGAUAAAUUUAAUGUCACCAAACCAGUGGAGUAUCUCAAUAAUCCAAUCGUCACCCAGUUUUUCCCCACCCUCCUCCUGUGGUCUUUCUCCGCCUUACUUCCUACCAUUGUGUACUACUCCGCCUUCUUUGAAGCCCACUGGACCCGGUCAGGAGAAAACAGGACCACCAUGCACAAGUGCUACACCUUCCUGAUCUUCAUGGUCCUGCUGCUGCCCUCUCUAGGACUCACCAGUCUGGACGUCUUCUUCCGUUGGCUUUUUGACAAGAAGUUUUUGGCAGACGCCAAAGUGAGAUUUGAGUGUGUUUUUCUUCCUGAUAACGGAGCUUUCUUUGUGAACUACGUGAUCGCCUCAGCCUUCAUCGGUAACGCCAUGGACCUGCUGAGGAUCCCCGGUCUGCUGAUGUACAUGAUCCGCCUCUGCCUGGCUCGCUCAGCAGCAGAUCGGAGAAACGUCAAAAGGCAUCAGGCGUACGAGUUUCAGUUUGGGGCGGCGUACGCUUGGAUGAUGUGCGUCUUCACGGUGGUCAUGACCUACAGCAUCACCUGCCCGAUCAUCGUUCCCUUUGGGCUGAUGUACAUGCUGCUGAAACACCUGGCAGACAGGUAUAACAUGUACUACGCCUACCUGCCAUCCAAACUGGAUAAGAAGAUUCAUUCUGGAGCUGUAAACCAAGUGGUAGCAGCUCCCAUCCUCUGCCUCUCCUGGCUUCUGUUCUUUUCCACCGUUCGUUCUGGCUUUUCUGCUGCGACAUCCAUGUUUACAUUUGUGGUUUUGAUCAUCACAAUAGUCGUCUGCCUGUCUCACGUCUGCUUUGGACAUUUUAAAUACCUAAGUGCUCACAACUACAAGACGGACAAACCGCUGAACGUGGUCGAGAACGGAACCGCGGCGCUGGAAACCAGACCCAGCAAGCAAAUGUACAUCGCUGAGGUUCUCCAGGACCCGGAGGAGGCGGCAUCAGGCAGCAGCGAGGACGAAGGCCAGGGGCCCUCGCGGGACGAGGAGGCCCGCCGUGCAGAAAACAGCAUGACCGGGGACUUCCAGUCCUGCGAGGACAGCCUCAUCGAGAACGAGAUACGGCAGUGAAAGCCAGCAGGACGGGAAGGAGAACGCCCGGACCGAACUCGACGAGUGCACUGACUGAAAGGCGGAGCUGAACUCUGUUUCCUAAGCUCCGCCCACUGAGGGACCUCACACCGACUAACACGAGCGCGGUUUCUACCGAGGGCUACAUGGACGGGUUUUGGUCGGUCCUUUCCUCUUCUGUGAAAAUCUGUCAACACAAAGAAAUCCCCUUCCUUCCGCUCCAAGCCCAGCCGAGGCUCUCCGAUCUGCUGCAGGAGGACCCGGCCGGGAGAAUCCAAAAAACAAAACAAAAAAAAACCUCGCUUUCUCCAAGGCAAGGAUGGGGUGUGUAUGCCUAAAACCUUAUUGCACUUGAAAGAAAAGAAAACGACCUCAAAGCUCGAGUUUCACUAAGGUACUGCGGUGCAAAAAUGCAAACUCCAAAGAUGUUUGGAGUAUUUCCUGUACCUCCUCUACCAGUAGGUCAAGCGCUCUGCCCAACGCCCUUCAGGGAGUAAGCAGCUUAGGAGAGACGAGCAGAUCGGAUCGUCUUAAGUGCUUCACUCAAUUCCACGGAAGUCUUUGUGGCAAAAAAAUGUUUUUAAAAUGUGAAAAAAAGAAAAGAAAAGAAAUGGAUGCUACUAACACUCAUAGAAGCUUAGAAACUGUACCGUAACUAAACACUGGGUUCAUCUGACCUGCUGUCGUAGAUGACUUUCUCUGUAGUUUGGAAGGAGACGUGCACUACACCGAUGGAAGGAUUCUGUGUAGGAACUGCUGCUAUGGUCCCACCAGGCUGGACUUUUUGUGAUGGGAGCAGAACGAGGACGGCGGGUGUUUUUUUUACCUUCAUAUUAGCAUUAUUUCUGUUUACAUCUCAUCAUGUAGAAAAAAAAUUCCAUCUAGGUGGCUACUUUUUAGUUUUGUGAUUUAAUUAAAUUAAAUCUAACAUGUAGACACUACAUCUUGUAGACUUAUGUUGUUUUUUGAGCUUUGUUACGGUUUUCAAAAAAAGUUGAAAUGUACUUUUUUUUUUUUUUUUUUUCUAUUUCAGAUUUGUUUUUGUUGCAAAAUUAUCCUGCAUGUUCUGCACAGAACAGUUGAGCGGUUGCAGUAGGUGAGCAACAAUGAACUAAUUAUUCAUGUUCAGGUCUGAAGGAGGGCAGAACUGGAAGCUUCUGGAGUUUCGAAGAGCUCGGCUUUAACCACGAAGGCCAACAGCAGACGUGAUUGAAAAGGUAGUUCUCAUCUGACCCAGACAGUUGGGGUUUGUUUUUUUAAGCUAUCUAAAAUCUAAUCCUCCAGCAACAAAUAGUAGAUUUAGACCCGAAAACCCCCAAGGCUUUUAUUUGAAUGGACUCCUCCGUCGGCACAUUCACAAUCGCUCGUUUGACUGCAAAGACGCGACGAGGAAAGGCGAGCGCCGCUACAUGACUGGAACACGCCUUUCUGUGGGGCCCCGCGGUCUCCUCUAUGACGGACCGAGAAGCACACAGGAAUUCACGUCUAACAAGAAAUGUAUCCAACCCGAUUUUGGUCUUCUCCGAGUCACGACAAGGUGCUUUUUACGUUUUAUACCGGAGAUGUCUUUUAAUCUCUGAAUGUUUGUCCAAAUCUAACAGCUUCCUUCCGCUUGUUUGUUUGUUUUUUUCCCCACACUGAAUGUACGUUUCUAAAACCCAAAACGUGGCCUGAAUUGACGUGCUUCUGGAGCGGCAGUUCUCUCUCGAAGCAUAAAUCAAACUUGUUGUUUUUUUAUUGUACAUAAUAGUGCCCAACAAAGAGGUCUUUUUUUUUUUUUUUUUUGUCUUUCUCAAUUUAAAUUUGGGUUGGAAGAAAAACAUUUAGAGUUUCAGGACUUGCAUCCCGAUCUGCGAUGAUUUGGUUUGUGUUGGUUUGUUUUCUGGGAUAUUUUUAUUUUAACUGACAAGCUAACAAAUGUUACCUGCUUGUUUCUACUAUGCAUCAAACUGUAGUAAAAUGUCUCUCUGUCUCAAA